AUGGCUUUGCAAGAGACCAUUCUCCAGGGCGUCAACGUCCUCGGCAAGGUCGACCAAUCCCACAAGAAGAUCCUCACGCCCCAGGCCCUCACAUUCCUGGCCCUGCUGCACCGCUCCUUCAACGGCACCCGCAAGAGCCUGCUCGAGCGCCGCAAGCUGCGCCAGGCCGAGCUCGACCGCGGCGUCCUGCCCGACUUCCUGCCCGAGACCAAGCACAUCCGCGAGAAUGCCACCUGGAAGGGUGCGCCGCCCGCGCCCGGCCUGGUCGACCGCCGCGUCGAGAUUACCGGCCCGCCCGACCGCAAGAUGGUUGUCAAUGCGCUCAACUCGGAUGUCUUCACCUACAUGUCGGACUUUGAGGACUCGUCUGCUCCCACCUGGGACAACAUGAUCAACGGCCAGGUCAACCUCUACGAUGCCAUCCGCGGCCAGGUCGACUUCAAGCAGGGCGCCAAGGAGUACAAGCUGCGCACCGACCGCAAGCACCCUACCCUCAUCGUCCGCCCGCGCGGCUGGCACCUGGAGGAGAAGCACGUCACCGUCGACGGCGAGCCCAUGUCGGGCUCCCUCUUCGACUUUGGCCUGUACUUUUUCCACAACGCCGUCGAGUACCAGCGCCGCGGCUACGGCCCGUACUUUUACCUUCCCAAGAUGGAGAGCCACCUCGAGGCGCGCCUGUGGAAUGACGCCUUCAACCUGGCGCAGGACUACAUUGGCAUGCCGCGCGGCACCAUCCGCGGCACCGUCCUCAUCGAGACCAUCCUCGCCGCCUUUGAGAUGGACGAGAUCAUCUACGAGCUGCGCGACCACUCGUCGGGCCUCAACUGCGGCCGCUGGGACUACAUCUUUUCCGUCAUCAAAAAGUUCCGCCUCAACCCCAACUUUGUCCUGCCCGACCGCUCCGCCGUCACCAUGACGGUGCCCUUCAUGGACGCCUACGUCAAGCUGCUCAUCCAGACCUGCCACAAGCGCGGCGUCCACGCCAUGGGCGGCAUGGCCGCCCAGAUCCCCAUCAAGGACGACAAGCAGGCCAACGACACCGCCAUGGGCAACGUCCGCGCCGACAAGCUCCGCGAGGUCCGCGCCGGCCACGACGGCACCUGGGUCGCCCACCCGGCCCUCGCCACCAUUGCCCUCGACGUCUUCAACACGCACAUGCCCACCCCCAACCAGCUCUUCCUCCGCCGCGACGACGUCAAGAUUGGCCAGAACGACCUGCUCAACAUGAACGUCCCCGGCAAGGUGACCGAGGAGGGCAUCAAGAAGAACCUCAACAUUGGCCUCGGCUACAUGGAGGCCUGGAUCCGCGGUGUUGGCUGUGUCCCCAUCAACUUCCUCAUGGAGGAUGCUGCUACCGCCGAAGUCUCCCGCAGUCAGCUCUGGCAGUGGGUUCGCCACGGCGUCACCACCGCCGAGGGCAAGCGCGUCGACAAGGCUUACGCCCUGAAGCUGCUCAAGGAGAGCGCCGACGAGCUGUCCUCCAAGGCCGGCAAGGGCAACAAGUACCACCUUGCUGCUCAGUACUUUGCUGGGCAGGUCACCGGCGAAGACUACGCUGACUUCCUGACGAGCCUUCUGUACGAUGAGAUUACUGCUCCUGGCUCUCCCGCUCCCGCUGCGAAGCUGUAA